UUUGCAUGGUUCGGUCCCAGCGCCGGAGGCUGCCCCAGCCGCCCGCGCCGGAGCCGCCGCUGCCCGUGGAGUUGCCUCCCCGCUUCCCUAGGGUGGUGCGGCUCCACCAAACAUGUCGGCUCCGGUCGGGCCCCGGGGCCGCCCGGCUCCCACCCCGGCGGCCGCGCAGCCUCCUCCUCCUCCUCCUCCUCCUCCGCAGCCCGAGAUGCCGGACCUCAGCCACCUCACGGAGGAGGAGAGGAAGAUCAUCCUGGCCGUCAUGGAUCGCCAGAAGAAAGAAGAGGAGAAGGAGCAGUCCGUGCUCAAGAUCAAAGAAGAGCCCAAACCGCAGCCGACACAGUGGUUUCCCUUUAGUGGGAUCACUGAACUGGUAAAUAACGUUCUUCAGCCCCAGCAAAAACAACAAAAUGAAAAGGAGCCCCAGACAAAACUGCAUCAACAGUUUGAAAUGUAUAAGGAACAAGUCAAGAAGAUGGGAGAAGAAUCGCAGCAGCAGCAAGAACAGAAGGGCGACGCCCCAACCUGUGGGAUCUGCCACAAGACGAAGUUUGCUGAUGGAUGUGGCCAUAACUGUUCUUAUUGCCAAACCAAGUUCUGCGCUCGGUGUGGGGGUCGAGUGUCAUUACGCUCAAACAAGGUUAUGUGGGUGUGUAAUUUGUGCCGAAAACAACAAGAAAUCCUCACUAAAUCAGGAGCGUGGUUUUAUAAUAGUGGGUCUACUCCAUCACAGCAACCUGAUCAAAAGGUUCUUCGAGGGCUUCGAAAUGAGGAGGCACCUCAGGAGAAGAAAGCGAAACUCCAUGAGCAGACCCAGUUCCAAGGACCCUCAGGUGACUUACAUGUACCUGCAGUGGAGAAAGCUCGCUCUCAUGGGCUCACAAGACAGGAUUCUAUUAAAAACGGAUCCGGAGUGAGGCACCCGGUUGUCAGUGAUGUCCCUUCUGACAGGAAAAGAAGUCCAUCAGUGUCCCGGGAUCAAAAUCGAAGAUACGACCAGAGUGAAGAGAGAGAGGAAUAUCCACAGUAUGUUCCUUCAGAUAGCACAAUGCCUAGAUCUCCAUCAGAUUAUGCUGAUAGACGAUCUCAACGGGAACCUCAGUUUUAUGAAGAACCGGACCAUUUAAAUUAUAGGGAUUCGAACAGGAGAGGCCAUAGACAUUCCAAAGAGUAUAUUGUAGACGACGAGGACGUGGAGAGCAGAGAUGACUAUGAAAGGCAGAGGAGGGAAGAGGAGUACCAGGCGCGCUACAGAAGUGAUCCAAAUUUGGCCCGGUAUCCGGUAAAGCCACAACCCUAUGAAGAACAAAUGCGGAUCCAUGCCGAAGUGUCCCGAGCACGACACGAGAGAAGGCACAGUGAUGUGUCUUUGGCAAACGCUGAACUAGAAGAUUCCAGGAUUUCUCUGCUAAGGAUGGAUCGACCCUCAAGGCAAAGAUCUGUAUCUGAACGUAGAGCUGCAAUGGAGAGUCAACGCUCUUAUUCUAUGGAAAGAACUCGAGAGGCUCAGGGGCAAAGUUCUUAUCCACAAAGGACCACAAAUCACAGUCCCCCAACCCCCCGGAGGAGCCCUAUCCCGGUCGAUAGACUAGACACCAGGCGAGCUGACUCCCCACGGAAACACCACCACUUAGAUCCCAGCUCUGCUGUCCGGAAAACGAAACGGGAGAAAAUGGAGACCAUGCUUAGGAACGAUUCUCUGAGUUCAGACCAGUCGGAGUCAGUGAGGCCCCCUCCGCCACGGCCUCACAAAUCCAAGAAAGGAGGUAAAAUGCGCCAGGUUUCCCUGAGCAGCUCUGAGGAGGAGUUGGCGUCCACACCUGAAUACACGAGUUGUGAUGAUGUUGAGAUUGAGAGCGAGAGUGUGAGCGAGAAAGGGGACAGUCAAAAGGGAAAAAGAAAAACUAGUGAGCAGGGAGUUUGGUCGGAUUCUAACACCAGGUCUGGGAGACAAAGGAAAAUGAUGUACUGUGGUGGCCACUCUUUGGAAGAGGAUUUGGAAUGGUCUGAGCCUCAGAUUAAGGACUCUGGGGUAGAUACCUGUAGUAGCACCACUCUUAACGAGGAGCAUAGCCAUAGUGAGAAGCACCCUGUGACCUGGCAGCCAUCCAAAGAUGGAGAUCGCCUAAUUGGUCGUAUUUUAUUAAAUAAGCGUUUGAAAGACGGGAGUGUGCCUCGAGAUACAGGAGCAAUGCUGGGUUUAAAGGUUGUAGGAGGAAAGAUGACUGAAUCAGGUCGGCUUUGUGCAUUUAUUACCAAAGUAAAAAAAGGAAGUUUAGCUGAUACUGUAGGACAUCUUAGACCAGGUGAUGAAGUACUAGAAUGGAAUGGGCGGCUAUUGCAAGGAGCCACAUUUGAGGAAGUUUACAACAUUAUUCUAGAAUCCAAACCUGAACCACAGGUUGAGCUUGUUGUAUCGAGACCAAUUGGAGAUAUCCCUAGAAUACCCGACAGCACACAUGCACAACUGGAAUCCAGUUCUAGCUCAUUUGAAUCUCAAAAAAUGGAUCGUCCUUCUAUAUCUGUUACCUCUCCCAUGAGUCCUGGAAUGCUGAGGGAUGUCCCGCAGUUCUUGUCUGGACAGCUUUCAAUAAAGCUAUGGUUUGACAAGGUUGGUCACCAGUUGAUAGUUACAAUCUUGGGAGCAAAAGAUCUUCCUUCCAGGGAAGACGGGAGGCCAAGGAAUCCAUACGUUAAAAUUUACUUUCUUCCAGAUAGAAGUGAUAAAAACAAGAGAAGAACAAAAACAGUAAAGAAAACAUUGGAACCCAAAUGGAACCAGACCUUCAUUUACUCUCCUGUCCACCGAAGAGAAUUCCGGGAACGGAUGCUUGAAAUCACCCUUUGGGAUCAAGCUAGAGUUCGGGAAGAAGAGAGUGAAUUCCUAGGAGAGAUUUUAAUAGAAUUGGAAACAGCUCUGUUGGAUGAUGAACCACAUUGGUACAAACUGCAGACCCAUGAUGUCUCUUCCUUGCCUCUCCCUCACCCUUCUCCAUAUUUGCCACGAAGACAGCUCCAUGGAGAGAGCCCAACACGCAGGUUACAAAGGUCAAAGAGAGUGAGUGACAGCGAGGUCUCUGACUACGAUUGUGAUGAUGGUGUUGGUGUAGUAUCAGAUUACCGGCACAAUGGUCGUGAUCUUCAAAGCUCCACAUUGUCAGUGCCAGAACAAGUAAUGUCCUCAAACCAUUGUUCACCAUCAGGGUCUCCACACCGCGUAGAUGCUAUAGGAAGGACUAGGUCAUGGUCACCGAGUGUCCCUCCUCCACAAAGGAAUGUGGAACAGGGGCUUCGAGGGACACGUGCUCCUGGUCAUUACAAUACAAUUAGCCGAAUGGACAGACACCGGGUCAUGGAUGACCAUUAUUCUCCAGAUAGAGACAGGGAUUGUGAAGCAGCAGAUAGACAGCCAUAUCACAGAUCCAGAUCAACAGAACAGCGGCCUCUCCUAGAGCGGACCACCACCCGCUCCAGAUCCUCUGAACGUCCUGAUACAAACCUCAUGAGGUCGAUGCCUUCAUUAAUGACUGGAAGAUCUGCCCCUCCUUCACCUGCCUUACCGAGGUCUCACCCUCGGACCGGGUCUGUCCAGACAAGUCCAUCAAGUACUCCUGUAGCAGGACGAAGGGGCCGGCAGCUGCCACAGCUCCCACCAAAGGGAACACUGGAGAGAAGUGCUAUGGAUAUAGAGGAGAGAAAUCGCCAAAUGAAAAUUAACAAAUACAAACAGGUAGCCGGAUCAGAUCCCAGACUGGAACAAGAUUACCGUUCGAAGUACCGAUCGGGAUGGGAUCCACAUAGAGGGGCAGACACUGUCUCCACUAAAUCCUCGGACAGUGAUGUAAGUGACGUGUCUGCGCUUUCCAGGACUAGUAGUGCCUCUCGUUUCAGCAGCACGAGCCACAUGUCCGUCCAGUCAGAGCGGCCGCGGGGAGACCGGAGAAUCAGUGUGUUUACAUCCAAAAUGCAAAGCAGACAGAUGGGCGUGUCAGGGAAGAACAUGACCAAAAGCACGAGCAUCAGUGGAGACAUGUGCUCCCUCGAGAAGAAUGAUGGCAGCCAGUCGGACACCGCAGUGGGCACCUUGGGUACCAGUGGCAAGAAGCGACGCUCUAGCAUUGGGGCCAAAAUGGUAGCUAUUGUUGGUCUCUCGCGGAAGAGUCGCAGUGCGUCUCAACUCAGCCAAACCGAAGCAGGAGGUAAAAAGCUCCGGAGCACUGUCCAGAGAAGCACAGAAACCGGCCUGGCAGUGGAGAUGAGGAACUGGAUGACGCGGCAGGCCAGCCGGGAGUCCACGGACGGCAGCAUGAACAGCUACAGCUCGGAAGGAAACCUGAUUUUCCCUGGUGUCCGCCUGGCCUCUGACAGCCAGUUCAGUGAUUUCCUUGAUGGCCUGGGCCCUGCUCAGCUGGUGGGACGCCAGACCCUGGCUACUCCUGCAAUGGGUGACAUCCAGGUGGGCAUGAUGGACAAAAAGGGACAAUUGGAGGUGGAAAUCAUUCGGGCUCGAGGCCUUGUCGUCAAACCAGGUUCCAAGACACUGCCAGCACCGUACGUCAAGGUGUAUCUGUUAGACAACGGAGUCUGCAUAGCCAAAAAGAAGACGAAGGUGGCGAGGAAGACCCUGGAGCCCCUGUAUCAGCAGCUCUUGUCCUUCGAGGAGAGCCCCCAGGGAAAGGUGUUACAGAUCAUUGUCUGGGGAGAUUAUGGCCGCAUGGACCACAAAUCCUUUAUGGGAGUGGCCCAGAUACUUUUAGACGAACUAGAACUAUCCAAUAUGGUGAUUGGAUGGUUCAAACUCUUCCCGCCUUCCUCCCUAGUAGAUCCAACCUUGGCACCUCUGACAAGAAGAGCUUCCCAAUCGUCUCUGGAAAGUUCUACUGGACCUUCUUACUCUCGUUCAUAGCAACUAUAAAACUGUUGUCACAACAACCAGCGAUACAGAAACAGAAGAAAAUGCACAGGUCGAAACCCCUGGUAACACUGCAUGCUUGAUGUUGUGUCUUUGGAGCCCACGUCUAGGGAUACAAAGCGAUCCUGUGUUCUCAGAGGAAGUCGUACACAUUGUGCCCUAGCGAAGGCCCUCAGGUCAAAGAGCAGAGCUGUGAAGAACUGUCAGGUUUGGAGUUCAGUGACACUCGAGUUCUGGUCCAAUCUGAAGCCAUGGAUUAAUCUCAAAGAAUCAGUCAGCCCUUUUCAAUGGCACCUUUAUAUUUUUAUCGUUUUUCUUCAUUUAUCUGACCCAAAAGCCUGUUAUGCCACAGAAAUGGAGCUCUACAGCCAUUAAGCCACACUACAGGCCAAGGAGCAAAGUCCUAGGAAGCGUCAGGUGAAAAGCAAGAGACCAAAGACGUGGUCAGGAGCAGAGUUGGCCACCGCUCCCAAGGGGGCUCCGGCAGGGAGACUGGUAGACUCUGGGAAGCCCCAGGAGGCAUGGCAUUCACUAAUGCCGAGAUGUGUUGGACUCUGAAAUCAAAAUUCUGGGACUGCACUGUACUGAAUGAAAUUAAAGAAACUUUUUUUUGCAUGGACACAGAUUAGCUGAAUAUUUAAAUUAUUUUCUCGGGGCUGCAACUUGCAAAAAAAAUAAUAAAAAUAAAAUAAAAAUCAGCCAUUUUCAACAAUUUAUAUUAUUUUUAAAAGUAAAUUUCACUAGUGCAUGGUUUUAAAAUGGGAGAGAAUGCAACAGGGUGAUACAAAGACACACCAUGUUUAUUCUUUAAUCACAGUCUGUGUUUUGGCAGACAUUACAAAUGAAAAUACUUUCUAGCAGAUACUUAAAAUCCUCUUUAUGUGACAAUAAGUAUAAUAUAUUCAAUUUAUUUCCAUGUUAAAUAUACAGAUCUUAUGAAAUUCAAUAUGUGCAAAUUUUUCACAUCUUUCCUCUUCUCUAUCUCACUUUUCUUCCCACUUUUAACCUUUUUUUUCUUCUCUCCUCCUGAGUGAGCCCUAUACUAAAAUACUGCAGAUCUUUCACCUGACCCUCUUAUACCCCAUAUUUGAUUCAGAGCACAGAUGCAUCUGAAUUUAUGGAUUUCUCAAAUCUGUUCGAGAGCUUUCUUUAUUUCAAGCAUGUUGAAAGGAUUUUGCAACAUGACUUGGGACAUAAAGCAAGUCAGCACGUAUUUGACAAAGAAGAUAUUUGAACAUUUGCAGUUUAUUGUACAGUGCAUGGUAAUUUUUUUUCACCUUAAAAAUUCAGUUUACAGGAAAAUCCUAAAAUCAUGUGGCAUUGUAAUGUCUAACAAAUUUGUUUUUAGCACCAGCAUUAUUCAUACAGGGGGUUAAGUAUUAUUUGUAGGUCUUAGGUUUUGUUUGUUUUUUAAUUUGUUAAAGCAAUUUCUUUAGCUGAUUUCCAUUUACUAUGUGAAUAGAAACACUGCUAAAUAUGUGGAGCCCUGAAACACAGGGCUAUUUAUUAAUUCAUUUUUCUGUAGUAAAAUUCAAUUUUUCACAAAUUAUAUUUCUAAAGAAAUAUAGUAAACAUAAAUUUGCAACAAUUUUAAAGCUCCAAUUUUUAGAUGACUCGAAGAACGUCAAUAUGCCUCUUACCAGUUAUUUGACGCCGUCACCGAAAGUCCUCAUUCAGACCCUCAAGUCAAAACCCCACGUGCGGUUCACGGGCAGUUUUUACCGUUGAGUGAUGCUGCAAGGUCCAGUUUCUCUCCAGGUCCCUCUGAGAGGAAAUGUCACUGGUCAAUGUAAUAAACCACCCAUCCUUUCUGUUUCUUACAUAUGCUUUGAUUACACAUCCUUAAAAGAUUGCUUUUCUCUCCUUGCAAUAAUUUUUGAAAUCCAUCUACAUCCGGUUUGUUUAAAUGGAGGCCAUGCACACACAAAAAAAAUAUUUUCUUUGUUUCUCUUUUUGAAUUCAAUGCUGACCAUUGAAAACUGUCAUGCUUGAUAUGGUGCAAAAGUUAAAAUGAGCUAUCACUCAAAAUGCCUUCUCUUUAUGUGGUGCAACAUGAACUACACCAAGACUGUGUCUUGAUUUUCUGAGACCUAUGGCAGACCCAGGCAAAGGUGAGACAAGAAGGAACAUAAUGCUAUGAGAUACUUUCGACACCUGCGUACCAGCAGCGAUUUGGUUUAAGAGACCUGUAGCGUCUUUGUUCUCCCUUAGGCUAGACAUUCACUAUGUUCCUGACACUAAAAUGAGUCACAGAAUCUUUUCUGCAUAUUCCUAUACAAAUUAUUUCUAAUUUUACUAAGAAAGACAUGACUGUGGAAUAUUUGUACAUACUUGUCAUUAUGCAGUAUUUAUUUAAAAGUUGGUGUACUUUUUUUUAAUUUUCACAUGUCUGCACCUCAACUUGUGGUUCCGUCAUGUAAAUAGCACAUGCCAGUGACCGUUGCUGCCCUGUACAUAGAAUGUUUUCAAGUAAAGGGAAUUCCAGUUGGGGAGAAAUGGGGGGGAGGGCAGAUUAGGCCUGUAAUGAACACCGACUGAUGUAAAUCAAAUUCAUUCUGGUGAUGGUAUUUAACACUUUAAAUAAACCAUUUUCUUUA